AAAUAAUCUGACAGGGGAUUUUUGCUGUAUCUUUGACUCAGACUCUGGUUCUCUUCGAGGGUUCUGGAUGCGGGAGGCCAGCUCAGUGAGUGCAACCCAUGGCGGACGAGCGAGUGAGGGGCGGGGAGGCCCCCAAACCCGGGCGGCUGGACACAGGAGAGGGCGACACGGAGCCCAGCAUGCUCCUGCAGAAACUCAAGAACAACAUCUCUAAAACUGUUCAGGGCAAAGUCGACACCAUUUUGCAAGAUGUUCAGCGCUUCUCUGACAAUGACAAGCUCUACCUGUACCUCCAGCUACCCUCUGGACCCAGUGCAGGGGAAAAAAGUGAUGCCAGCUCCCUGAACAUGGCUGACCAGCUGCUCACCUGCAACUGGAUACGGAGUCACCUGGAGGAGCAUGCUGACACCUGUCUGCCCAAGCAGGACGUGUAUGAGACCUACAAGCGGUACUGUGAUAACUUGCAGCAGCGGCCACUGAGUGCAGCCAACUUCGGCAAAAUCAUCCGUGAUAUUUUCCCCAACAUCAAAGCCCGGAGACUGGGAGGAAGAGGACAGUCAAAAUACUGCUAUAGUGGGAUUCGUAGGAAGACAAUCUUGAACAUGCCCCUGUUGCCUAACCUAGAUCUGAAGAAUGACCCAUCGGAGCUGACGGAACUGGUCCAGACCUAUAAGCAGGAAGUGACGGAGGCAGCGUGUCAGCUGAUUUGUGACUGGGCACAGAAGAUUCUGAAGCGCUCCUUUGACACGGUGGUGGAGAUUGCCAAAUUCCUGGUGCAAGAGCACAUCGUCAACCCGCGCUGCAGCCAGGCUGAACUGGUCACUUCUGCUGAUCUAGCCGGUGGGCCAGCAAAGCCUCACAAAGUGAUCAAGAAGAACCCCGCGCCGCCCAAAGCUGGUGCCGUGGAGGGAGAAGGCAGUGGUCGGGAUGGCAAGCAGAAAGACAAAAGUGAUGGAGAGCAGGCCAUGCACGGAAAGACGCCUGCCGGCGGCGAGAAGCCGGCCAAAGAGGUGGAGGGUCGCAACCAGCAGGUGCAGAAUCUGAUCAAGCACCUGCCCAAGCUGCUGCCGCGCGGGUCGGUCCCCGACAACAAGUCGCCGCUCUCGGUGCACUCCUCCGCGACGCUGCUGGCGCCCAAGGACACGUCCGCAUCGCCCCAUCUCCUGCCCAUCACCGUGACGACGUUGCCCCAGCAGAAGGGAGCUCCGCUCCCCGUGAUGAUCCUCCCCUCCACCGUGAGCCUGGCCUACAGCGAGCGCGACAAGGCCACCGCCGUCACCGUGGCCACCGCGGCCGCGCCCACGCCGGUGGUCCAGCGAGCGCGCGGCGCCGGCCCGAAACGUCCCGCGGCCGAACCGCCGGGCGCCGCCGCGGACGCGCCUCCCAAGCGCAAGAGGGGUCGGCCCAGGAAGCCCCGUCCAGAAGAUGCCAUCGCUCAGCAACAGCAGCCUCCGGCUCCGUCCAGCUUGCCGCUGGCACAGACGACCGGAGGGGUGAUCCAGAAGGCUCUGGCCUCCUCGUCCUCGUUCUCCGCCGCGCCUUCUUCCUCCUCUCAGCUGCUGGAGAUCGUGAUCCAGGAUCAGCACCAGCUGGUGCUGGGCUCGAUUCCCUCCACCCUCCAUGACGCCGCGGCGUCUGCCCAAGACCAGAGGGCGGGCGUCGUGGUCCAGUGCCAGCCUGUCUCUGCACCCCUGCUCGACGCCGAUCCUCGACCCGUCCUGGUCCUGCAGAGUGCCCCGAAUACUCCGAGCCGAUCCAUGGUGAUCCAGAGGGCGCCUGGAGGGCAGCUUGCCCCUGCGUCCGAAAACCGAGUGCCCGCUUCAAACCCUCUCCUAGCCCCCCCGGCUUUUCUUCCUCCGACUGGUCAAGAGGACGAGCGAGAAGUGGAGAUCACCCUCACCCCCGUGGAUGAGUCCGAAACCUUUGCACCCCCCGAGCCUUCUUCUGUCCCAGCAGGCAGCAGUGAUCAGUCACAAGGGGCGAGAUCCCAAAGUGAUGACCCCUAGCCCAGGCCCCCCGUCCCGACAAGGGAAAGGUGAGUGGGUGUGGAGGUGCAGUGUGGAGGCCACAGAGACCGGUCCCCCACUGCCUCCCACUGAAUCAUAGGAGCUCAACAUCGCCAGCUCCCCGUGACUGUUAGACCCAUCUGCAUUUGAUAGCUUGUCAUGCCACUAAUUAAGACCGUGUCUUGGACCAAGACCGAUGAUUAAUUAGUCGUUUGGAGUUUUUUUUUUUUUUUUUUUUCAUGAAUGACUGGAACAUGCUCCUGAGGGAGUGCUCCAGUGCCCCAUCGCUAUACUGUGAUCUCCCAUCACUUCUCUCCAUUGACCGCCUUUGUACUUCCUUACUUAGAAAUGGUGGAAGUCCCUAAAUGGUGCCUUUCUAGUGUUUGAAAAAAAAAAAGGAAAAAAAAAGAAACAAGGCAGCCAAUGGGAUCAAUGAAGCCAAAACAACUGACUUAACUAACCAAUAGACUUUCAUCAACUCCAUCAGUGCUUGCACUCAGUACCUAAGGAUGAGGUUACUGUAUGUCUGUGUGUGUGUAAACGUGUGUGUGGAAGAGUGUGUGAGGGUGCGUGCGGUUAGCAUUGACGUGAUUGUGACAGCAUGUUUGUCCACGUGGCUAAGGAUAUUAGGUCUGGUUGUGUUCCUGUGCUUGAGUGUCUUGUCUGAGGUGGCAAGACGUGGAGGAUGAGGGAUUUACGGGUCUGAACCUCUCAGGGCGCCAAGUGCUUCUUCUGCCCCCCCUUAACAUCUGUUUUUAACAAGUUCUUUUUUAAUUUUAGGAAUUUUAUUUUGUUAUGAUUAUAUUGUUAUUUGAUAAUUAAGGUUGCGCUUCACAUCUUCUUACAGUAGUUAAGGAGAUUGUCUGAAAAAUCAAGACAGAAGCUGUCCCUGGUUGUUGUACACUAAGCCUUAUGGGAAGUGAAGUCUUUCAUAUAAUCUGAUAUGGUGCUUUGAUAUUAGCACAUCCCCAUGUCCCUCUCUGUCAUCUAUUUGGUUGCGCUCUGGACAGAUUGGGUAGAAUCUCGCCUGGUCACCAGUGAACCGAACCCAACAUCAGCACUUACUGGGGUCUGUCGAAUAUGUGCAAUUCCAACCUGUCAGGUCAUUAUGUUGCGAAUGAGAGAUUACUUAAAAAUGUUUGAGGUUUUUUUUUUUAUUUUAUUUUUUUUUUAGCUCAGCUGUGUGUAGAUUGUCACUUAGGAGGAAAACAAUAUUCAAAGCACAAAACCUGAGUGACCUAGACUAAAGUAGAUAUAAAAUAAGACAAGUUCAAAAAGAAGUGAAAAACUGAUACGCAACCAGUAAAAGAGAAAAUGGUUGGCUUGUGGGAUGCUAUGCUUAAGCCUCUUCAUGCCACUCCUUUUCUAGAAGAGCAUGUUACCUUAUAAACCUGCAGUUAUCAGGGUCUAGGCGUUAGCGACUAUAUGCAGUUCAGCUGCUCAUCUGAAGCUUUCACCCACCCACUUUGAAAACCACACUUCCUGAGGAAAAUGUAAUGGCGUUGAACAAAAAUCUUUUAGAAUCUUAAUAUCUCAUCCCAGGCAUUUACUAACAGAGACCUUUUUAAUUAUUCAGGGCUGGAAGUUUCAUCGCAAAAUGUCCAAAGUACUCUUCAUGAGUGGGUUCAAAGCUGAACCCUUAAAAGUUAAUUUAUCUUAAAGGGUUCAAGAAAACCUUGUAGGUUGUGGAGGGCACCAUUUUUCUUAGAAGAUAACUGCCCUCCAUGAUGGAAGGAUGCCUCUUUGGAAGUUAACCCAAGAACUUUGCAUGUCCAAUAUGGAUGAAUGAAAUAUGAAAUUGACCAUGUAAUCUGGCAAAUAUCUGUUAGGCCGGUUACUGUAAAUUGUCCCACCAGGAGAAUACGUACAUAAGUACAGAACAGUCUUUUAGUCACACUGAUCUAAAUGACGUGUCCUGAAGUGUCUGAUCAUCCUGAUGAUGUUGUAAAUCUGAUGACCAGGGUAAUCAUGACAACUUAGCCAAACAAUAGUCUGCUAGGUUCUGCAGUAGCCAUACUCCUUUUCCUGUCUUGUAGGCCCAAGGUCAUAGAACCAGAAUAGGAAACCUGGUAAACUGCACUAUACCAUGGUGACCUGUCGGCCUUCUUAAGUGGCCUCAAAAGUCCAUGAAAGGGACAGUUAAAUUCAGAGUUGUUGCCAAAUGCCACAGAGUUUCAAGGUGUGUCCAUGCAACGAAGGCUCGAGGCACACUGUAGUUAGCACUAAGCAGCUGAUUUCUUGCUAAUUUGACUGUUUGAUUUUGUGUCCUUUAAUGUUGUGUAUUCACAUGGCCAAAAAAUGGUGGUGCAAGUCUGAAGACCUCAGGAAGGUGUUGAAUACGGAGAUAGCAAGUGAUCCGAGGGAAGGUGUUGAACACGGAUAUAGCAAGUGAUUCGAGGGAAGUUGUGGGCUUAAAAAUGUGGAUAGAUGUGGAAGGAUGGAUCUGGGAAGGAUCUUUGGGAAAGUUCAUGACAGUUAAGUUGUACUGUAUGUUGUACUCAAUAUGAAAGGGAAAUGUUUGACAUUCUCUAAAGUGAAUGAACAAAGUUCAAAGUCAAAGUUAAUUGAUAUUUCUGUGAAAAAGAAAAAAUGUUAUGCAAGUUUGCACAAAACGUAAUAGAUUCAAAUAUUUAAAUGGAUAAGAAAAUAUUCAUAAUUUGAUCAGAUAUUGCUUUACAAAAGAUCAAUUAAAAAGCUAAUGCACUCAAUGAUCAUUCUGGUGGAAAUUCUAGUGGAAAAUAGAGGUGAUUAUUAUAGAGAAAGACUCCACAUGCAUUUUGAUAAAUGUAUUUAUACAAAGUAGGGCUGUUUGCAAUGUAAGGCUAUGUAUUCCUUCCGGAAAUGGUGAUGUAGUUGAUGAACUGGGAGAGGCAGCAUGUGUGGCUGUGAAGGAUUGUGUUUGAGAUGGCUGUGUGUGGAUGAGAACGACUGACUGGUAAUAAAGUGACGGAAAUUACACUGUGGAAGCCUCUGGCUUGCAUGAAUAUUAAAAACAAAAAUAAAACAAAACAAAAAACGGGUCGCAUUAUCAAAGAUUAUGAUCGUGAUCCGGGUAGCGGUGCUCUAGCCUGAUUCCCAGGCAAUCUGAACCGCAUUCAAGGUCUGUUUUUAUGUUCGUCUGUGUUAGUGGUGCUAAUUUUUGUGACUGAUGCUAAUUCCUCCAAGCUUGGCACUGGCGUUGUGGUUGUAUUUCCAUGCUGUAGCCAUGGAGAGAACAUGGAUCAUAAUACUUCAGAAAAAAUAAAUCAUUUUCAUCUCUAUGCAUCAAGAGUCACAAUGAAGUGUAUUCAACCUCUGGUUUUCACGUUUUCCAAUUUUUAAACUGUUCUACAGCAUCAAAUUUGACGUCCUUUUAAAAUAUUUUUUUAGAGUUUCGCUCAGAUGAGUAAUGCCCGAAAUUCAUGCAUGAUUUUUAUGGAUGGCUUAUUGUUUUAGAUAGUUUAUUUUCAAGAGUGGAGCUUGAGCUCAAUACUGACCAGUUGUGGACAUAAAACCGUGGAUAUCUUGUGAAUUUGAAUCUCUCCAGUUCUGAUCCAACAGUCACUGUACUGUAGUUCAAGGUGAAUUGAUUUGUAGAAAGCAGGCAGUUCCUUGCCCCCACAAUGCUUCCAUCCAACGUCGGGACAUUUUUUUUUAAUUGGAACAGUAAAAAAUAAUUAAAUAUGAAUUAAUAAAUUAAUUAAUUUGUGUGAUAAGAUAUUGAGAAAUUCAAAUGUUAAAUUCUCCAGUGGAGGGUAUCUUCAGAGACUGUUGGGAGGAAGUCCUUGGUGUUGCUACUAAUGUGGUCAACAGUGUGUGGUGGCUGGUGCUGGAUUUGUAGUGGUGCAUAUAAGAACAGUUGUUUUAUGUCUGCCACUGGUCUCUAUUUAUUACAGAUGUGUUUGGUUUCUUCUUGUUUUCUCUUUUCUUACGCCCCUUAUUUAUGUCUUGCACUUUAUGUUUAUAGCCAAUGUGCACAUGGAAUACAAAAAAAAAUCUGAAUUUGGUUUCAUUGGAUAGAGCACCUUAUGUGUUGUCAUUUUGUAUGUGCAGCUGUGUAAAAUGUUACCGGUUUGAUUUUGUACUUCUUCAUUGUAUCAAAGUUAUGUGAUACUGGACAUCUAUGCUUCCUUUAAAAAGAAGAAAUAAAAAAUAAAGAAAGAAACAAUGCCAACAGCUAAUGUGAAUAUAUUUUCCUAAAUGGGACUGUAUUAAAUGUUGUGAAAGUCCAUUUACA